AUGAUCUCAACUGAUAAUCACCUGGGCUACAAGGAAAACGACAGAGUCAGAAGCAACGACUCAUUCUUGGCCUUCUAAGAAGUCUUAGCUACAGCAAAUGGAACACCAAAUUUAGACUACUUGCUUCUUGGCGGUGACUUGUUUCACGACCAUAAGCCAUCUCGAAAGACAUUCUUCAAACUGCAGCAGAUGAUGAACUAAUAUGUGUUUGGAGAGCAGAACAUUUAGUUUUAGACUUACUAGUAUAAGGAGGCUAACUACAACAAUGAGAAUCUGAGUGUCAAGCUGCCCAUAUUUAUCAUUCAUGGCAAUCAUGAUGAUCCCUCUGGUCUAGAGUACCUGUCUAACAUCGACCUCAUGAAUUCCAAUAACUAUGUCAAUUACUUUGGGAAGGUAACUAACAUUGAAGACAUCGAAGUGGUGCCAAUCUUGUUUGUAAAAGGCUAGACUAAAUUAGCGCUUUAUGGCAUUGGGAACAUGAAAGAUGAGAGAUUGAAUAUUGCCUUUGAGAAUAAGAAAAUCAAGUUUAAGAGGCCUCUGAACAACAAAGAUGACUGGUUCAACAUUUUAGUUCUUCAUUAGAACAAGUACAAAGGAAUGCACUUGGGCAUGAAUCGUAGAAACUCGCUCACUGAGGGCAUGAUUCCUAAGUUCAUUCAUUUGGUGAUCUGGGCGCAUGAACAUGAAUCCAUUCCUACCCUUACUGAAUGCCACGAGAACGGAGUCCAUUUCCUUUAGCCUGGCUCUACUGUUGCCACCUCUCUUAUCCAAGCUGAGUCUAAGGACAAGCACUGCUUUUAUCUUUAAGUUUACAAGACUUCAUUCAAGGUGCAAGCACUCAGACUUUAGAAUAUCAGGCCUUUCAUAUUUGAAAACAUAGAACUUAGCAGAGUCCAACCAACAUUAGACCCUAGAAAUAACGCCUAAAUUGAAGAUUAUCUGAUUAAGAAAAUAGAGUCAAUGCUUGCCAAAGUUGAUGCAACGAACAAGAUAGAUGAGUUGAAGCUGCCACUAAUCAGACUCAAGAUAGAGCAUUCAGGGUUUCCUGUCUUCAGAUCCAAGAAACUCAACGACUACUUUACUCAGAGGAUUGCUAACAAUCAGGACUUUUUGCAUUUUCACAAGAAAUUAGACAAACUUAGCAGUUAUUAAAACGGCUAUAACAACGGUGAUGGAGCAUCUAAAUCAAUGACUGGAGGCACUCAAGAUGUGAAUCUGAUGGUGAGUGGUCCAGGACUGCCAGGAAUAGACGAUGAUGAAAAUUAGUCCUUGCUUCAGUCAAUCUUCAAACGCAAGAUGGCUGGAGAGAUCGAGAGAUAUGUAAACAGCGGUGACGCUCAUAGACUUGAGUUGUUCUUUGAUAAUGAAGUGUUUAAGAGAUCUUACAAAGACCUGAACUCAGCUUUUCAAGAGAUGUUUAAUUAGGACUAGGAUGAAGUGAUUGACACCAGAGACACUUUUCAGUAGAAUGAUAUGGAGUAGAUAGAGCAGUAGAGACAUACGUAUCAGAGUCUGAAGAGAUCAAACUAUGAUCAGAGAUAGAACAAAACUAGUGUGGGUGGGAAUGGAUAAAGUGAAACAGCCAGUGCUUCUAAAGCUGCCAAUGCUAGUGUCCCUGGAAAUAUGUUCUAAAUUGGCAGAUACACAAGCACUCUUGGAAAUUAAAGCGUCAUCAGACAAAUUAUUAGUUAGAAAAACGAAUAAGCAAAAGAAUAGUACUUGUAAGAAAAGCAAGAUUUUGAUAGUAUAUUUGGAGAUACCAAUAUCAACCCUAAUCUAAAUAGUGCUGCUGUAGCUAGUGACUCAAAUAACAAUCAAAGGAAUACCUCAGGAAAAUAAAUUAAAGAAUAUGAUAUGGAUGAUGAUUUGGAUAUUCGCAUCGAUGAUAAAAAGUUUUGA